AUGUCGCCCUUUGACACUUCACCCAUGCUUCUCAGCUACUCUGUACCGCUGUUUACCAUUACUUGCCUCUAUGACCUCGGUUCCCAAACUGGGUGUGGUGAGGGCAACGAUACAGGUGAAGGCUCCGGGGUGGCUCUGAAGAAACAGAUCGGCCUGGUCAGCGCCUGUGGCAUCAUAGUGGGAAACAUCAUUGGAUCUGGGAUCUUUGUGAGUCCGAAGGGCGUCCUGGAGAAUGCCAGCUCAGUGGGUGUUGCCCUGAUCGUGUGGGUCUCCACUGGAGUCAUCACGGCUAUUGGAGCUCUCUGCUAUGCAGAAUUAGGCGUGACCAUCCCCAAGUCUGGGGGAGACUACUCCUAUGUCAAAGACAUAUUUGGAGGACUGGCUGGGUUUCUGCGUCUGUGGAUUGCCGUGUUGGUUAUUUACCCCAGUAACCAGGCUGUGAUCGCUCUCACCUUCUCCAACUACAUCCUGCAGCCUCUGUUCUCCUCCUGCCUCCCUCCGGAGAGCGGCCUCCGUCUGCUGGCUGCGGUCUGCCUCUUGUUUUUGACCUGGGUAAACUGCUACAGUGUGCGCUGGGCAACAUGUGUACAAGAUGUCUUCACCGCUGGCAAGCUCCUGGCCCUGGGUCUCAUCAUCAUAAUGGGCGGUGUCCAAAUCUGCAAAGGUCACUAUCACUGGUUGGAGCCAGUUCACGCCUUCGAGACGUUCCGUGACUACGAUGUCGGUCUGAUAGCUCUGUCCUUCCUGCAAGGCUCGUUUGCAUAUGGAGGCUGGAACUUCCUCAACUACGUCACAGAGGAGCUGGUCGACCCAAACAAGAAUCUGCCUCGUGCCAUCUUCAUCUCCAUCCCUGUGGUCACUUUUGUUUAUGUCUUUGCCAACGUAGCGUACAUCACAGCCAUGAGCCCCCAGGAGCUGCUGGCCUCCAAUGCUGUCGCAGUGACAUUUGGAGACAAAUUGCUAGGACAUAUGUCAUGGAUCAUGCCCAUCUCCGUGGCACUGUCCACCUUCGGGGGAGUCAAUGGCUCGCUCUUCACGUCGUCGCGGCUGUUUUUUGCAGGAGCAAGGGAAGGCCAUCUCCCACGUCUGUUGGCCAUGAUUCAUGUCACACGCUGCACUCCUAUUCCGGCCUUGGUGUUCACUGUUGCCACAUCUCUGCUGAUGUUGUGCACCAGCGACAUUUACACCCUCAUUAACUACGUGGGCUUCAUCAACUACCUCUUCUAUGGCAUCACUGUUGCUGGGCAGAUUGUGCUGCGCAUCAAACAGCCGGACAUGUAUCGACCCAUCAAGGUGAGCCUUAUCUGGCCGGUGAUCUACCUGCUGUUCUGGGCCUUCCUGCUGGCCUUCUCCCUCUACUCUGAGCCUCUGGUCUGUGGUAUUGGACUGGCCAUCAUGAUGACCGGCAUCCCAGUGUAUUUCUUUGGAGUCUACUGGGAAAACAAGCCUCAGUGUUUUGAUACUAUUAUUGGUAAAAUUACUCUUCUGUGCCAAAAGCUCUGCUCAGUGGUCUAUCCAGACAUGGUGGGGGGGGAACCCGACACCCCAUGUAGCGCCAAAUAAAGCCGGUGCUGGGGAAGAUUGAUAAGACCCUCAAAUAUCUUAACUGAACAUGUGGACAGACACUUCCUCUCUUUACUCGGAUGUGGAUUAACGGUGGGAAAAGGAUGCCUGGAGGAAGACUCCUAGGAGGAUGAGUGUACUUAGUCACUGAAUGGAAAUGUUAACACUGAAUAUGUUCUACAGCACUGGACUUUAUUACCCUGUCAUUGACCGGCCCCGGUGUUUGAGAUGAAAUAUCACAUUGAAUGGAAAUAAGUUGGUUUUCAUUGUCGUAUUUAAAUAAUUUCCACUCUGUUUGUGUUGAAUGAUGUGCUGUUUGUCAUUUGUGAGUCUUGGAUCCAGAGAAAGCCAAUAUUUAAAUGUGUC